AUGCUUCGAUCUACAGUCGCACUGCCACUUCGCUUGUCGCCAGCGGUGACGUUUACUCGAUCAUUGAAUCUGAAUUCCAUUUAUGUGAUAUCAAUUCCAGUCACUACUCACCGAUCGUACAUCUACAUGAACCACAAUAAAUCACUUCUAGACAAAACUCAGCUAAACAGAUACCCCGUUGUUGCCAAACUUGAAAACAAGCUUGUGUCCCUAGCCACCAAAGGCUGGGACAAGAUGAACUCCUCCAACUUAACCGUGAACAAGAGAAUCAUCAAACUAGUCAAACGUCUACUAAACACUAUCCCAUACGAGGAAAGUUGUCUCAAGCUGUUCCCAUCACAAUCCACUAUGAUUAGAGAAAUAAACGAGGAAAGUACCGACAAGGCAAGAGCGUUGAUUCCAUCACAAAUCGAAGAAGAGCAGAUCGCCACGGACCAAUUGAAGCCUAUCCCAUUCUAUCACCCAUCAUUCCAAAAGCCCUCUACGAUUUUAUCACAGUUGCAUGAUUUUAGAAACGACGCAAGGUCGAAACACUUGAAAUAUGCUGGACUCUGUGCGAUUGGUGUUCCAUUGAGUUUACCGUUUGCCUUGAUCCCAGUUAUCCCCAACGUCCCAGGUCUUUACUUGUCCUAUAGAUUAUAUUGUAACAUCAAGGCUUUGGUUGGAGUAAAGCAUUUAGAUUACUUGUUGGAAAGGAAAGGUAUUGCUGGUAAUACGAGGAAUGAUGACGUUUCUAAUACUGAUCACGUCGCCUUUGAACGAAACCUUUACAUGGAUUCCAUAUAUAAGCUUGGUAACACGCUGAAAGAACUUGAAGUGGAAAGUGUACAAGAGGAAGAAAGGGUUAUUAUUACCAAGGAAAUUAUUGAUACUUUGUGUAGUAAGUUAGAGUUGCCUCAAUUGAAAGAAGAUUUAUUGAAGGCAUUGAAACAAGAGAUUGCAAAGUUGGAAAAGGAUAUGAAAAUCAAAGAUGAGAUUGAGUGA